CCGGGAUGUAGCCGCCGACUGACGUCAUUUUAGGCUGAAAGGGUGACGGAAGGAUUGGCUGACAAAUGGCAGAUUCGGAGAUGAGUGACGCAGUGGCGUCGGAAAGAUCCUUGGGGGGCAGCAGCACCACGACGGCGCUAAGAUCGCAGUUAUCAACUAUAACAAGGCGUUCGCAAAUGUCGGCGUCCCGUCGUUCGCAAUUGUCGUCGUCCAGACAGCUAUCGGGCUCCAGGCAGCUGUCCAGACAACUGUCCAGGCAGAUGUCGAAAAUGAAAUAUCUACCAGACGGGAGGCGGAUGCCGCAGAUUGACCAGAGUGGAUACAGAUACAACGAUCAUCUUAAACAGGUAUUAAAUGCAAGAAGCCGCAUCGAUAACAAACCACCUAUUCAUCACGACAUGGGAAGAAACAAAUUAUCAAAAGUGAACUCUUGGAAGGAAAGAAUGGACAAGGCUGAUAUCAUUAGAGGCAACGAGAGGCUGAUGAAGAAACUCAAUCAUGUCUACAGAAGCGAAGCAAGUGUAGCAAAAUUUUUCAAAAACGCGUCAACAGCCCCAACCAGAAUGACCAACAAGAAAUUCAAAUUGGCAGACAUCACAGAGCAGAAUAUGGCUCUCAGAAAACGAAUCAUGGAAAGAGGGCCGGAUCCGACGAUCGAACCGAAAAACCUUAAGCAGUGGUGGAAAACGACUCUGACACGAAUGCAGGCGGUUUCCAAAUAUCCUUUACAUUUUGAACUGGAAAAGGAAAUGAAAAUUAAUAGUAACAAUUUUAGUCGUUGUUACUUCGAUUUGGGCUUAGAUAACGGCGUCAAUCUGGGCAGGUUGGUUUUCGAGUUAUACAAUGAAAUUUGCCCAAAAACAUGUCAACAUUUUAUUUCUAUAUGUAAAGGAACCCACGAAAACGGACUGUGCUACGAAGGAACAUUAUUACACAGAAUCGUUACCGGCAACUGCAUACACGGUGGAAUUACAACAACCACCUGCAUCGGUACGAAAAAAUCUCUAGUUUUGGAUGCAGAAAACCAUAUUAUAAACCAUGAUAGAUUGGGAAUUUUAUCCAUGGACGGUCGAGCUGAGUCCCAAUAUUUGAUUACUUUGCGUGCCAUGCCGGAGUACGACGGACGGCGAGUUGCUUUUGGAAGAGUUGUAUGUGGAGUACGAGUAUUGAAAGGUGUCGAGAACGACUUCGGUACUCGAAAGGGUCGACCCAGUCAAAACGUCCGGGUCGUUCAGUGCGGUCAAUUGUGCGGGUUGCCCUGCGCGGCCUGCCAGAGCGCGAAGCAAAGGGACGAGAUUGAAUUCGAACUGGACGACGAUGAAAACGAACAACCAUCGGGGACACAGUACGAAGAUUAUGUGUAUAAUGAUGUGCUGUUUGAAUGCUAUAUACAAUGA